AUGAGCUUGAGCGGGUCGCGGCCGCUGCGGGGCGGGUGCCAAUGCGGCCGGAAUCGUUACAUCAUUGCCAUUCCGGAGAACGGCAUUCAGGAGGCGCAGGUCUUGUUCAACACGGAGCCACAGCAUCAAAUCCCCCUGGCGACGCCGCUGGCCGCGUACAUCCGGGUGCCGCUGUCGUGGUACCACAGCACCACGUACGCCUUCUUCCCCGACGAGACGCACGCCAUGAUCCGCCGCGUCUACACGCACCCGAGCCAGGACUACUCCAAGCGCCACUUCUGCGGCUUCUGCGGCACGCCCCUGUCCUACUGGUCCGAGGAGCCGCGCAGCGAGGCCGACUUCAUCAACCUGACGCUGGGCAGCCUGCUGCGCGAGGACAUUCGCGACCUCGAGGACCUGGGCCUGAUUCCCGACGACGAUGAUACCGACGCCGCCGUGACCGAACAGCAGCAGCAGCAGCAGCAGGUGCCGACGACGACGGAGGCGAAGCGGAGCGCCGCGCUGCGCCAGUCGUUUGGCGUGCCCUGGUUCGAGACGCUGAUUGAGGGCUCGCGCCUGGGCAGCAUGCGCCGGAGCUACGGGGCGCAGCGGUCGCGCGACGGGCAGGCGAGCAUCGAGUGGGAGAUUGUCGAGUUCUCGGACGGCGGCGGGGAGAUGGACUUGGGCGAGGCGGACGACGCGGCGCUGCAGCAGCUGGGCAAGAGGAAGCAUCACGAGGUUUGA